AUGGGGUCAAUAAACCCCAAUGCGCCAACGCGCAUUGCCAUCUUGGGCAACGAAGACAUCGUCGUUGACUUCGACAUAUGGCGCCAAUUUGUGGUAGAAGACCUCCUCUUGAACCUCCCUUCCUCUACCUACGUCCUCAUCACCGACACGAAUCUUUCACCCCUCUACGUCCCAGUGUUCCAAGCUGCUUUCAGCACCCUCUCCUCGAAAUCUCAGACCCCUCCGCGCCUGCUCACCUAUGAGAUCCCGCCCGGCGAAAGCUCCAAAGGCCGCGAUACCAAAGCCGAAAUCGAGGACUGGAUGCUCUCGGAGCAAUGCACGCGAGACACGGUGAUAAUCGCGCUGGGGGGAGGCGUCAUAGGCGAUAUGAUCGGAUAUGUGGCCGCGACCUUCAUGCGCGGCGUACGCUUCGUCCAGGUGCCCACAACGCUGCUGUCCAUGGUGGACUCGUCAAUUGGCGGCAAGACUGCUAUAGAUACCCCGCUGGGCAAGAAUCUGAUCGGAGCCUUCUGGCAGCCGCAGAGAAUCUACAUCGAUUUGCGCUUCCUCGAGACGCUGCCUGUCCGGGAGUUCAUCAAUGGCAUGGCGGAGGUGGUCAAGACGGCGGCUAUCUGGGACGAGAAAGAGUUCGCUGCCUUGGAGGACAAUGCCGCGCUGCUUAUGGCUACGAUCCGUGCUAAGUCCUCGGAUUCUUCAACCAGACUGGAUCCCAUUCGAGAUAUACUAAAGAGAAUCGUAUUGGGCUCCGCGAGGACGAAGGCGGAGGUUGUGUCUGCAGAUGAGAGGGAGGGUGGAUUGAGAAAUUUGCUGAAUUUCGGACAUUCUAUUGGCCAUGCAUAUGAAGCCAUUCUUACGCCACAGGUUUUGCAUGGCGAGGCAGUGGCUAUUGGUAUGGUGAAGGAAGCCGAGCUGGCGCGCCACUUGGGUGUAUUGAAACCUGGUGCCGUGGCACGCUUGGUGAAGUGCAUAUCAAGCUAUGGCCUGCCUACUUCGCUCGCAGAUAAACGCAUCCAGAAACUUACAGCUGGUAAACUCUGCCCAGUGGACGUUUUGCUACAGAAGAUGGGAGUCGACAAGAAGAACGACGGAAAGAAGAAGAAGAUCGUUCUGCUGUCCGCUAUCGGCAAGACACAUGAGCCUAAAGCUAGUGUGGUAGAAGACCGUGCCAUUAGGAUCGUGCUUUCAGAUUCUAUUGUGGUCUCCCCAGGUGUUCCUGAAGGCCUGCAGAACGAAGUCAUUCCACCCGGAUCAAAGAGUGUUUCUAACCGAGCUCUCGUUCUGGCUGCCCUUGGAACCGGCCCCUGCCGAAUCAAGAAUUUGCUACAGUCUGAUGAUACCGAGUUCAUGCUUACUGCCAUUGAGAAACUGGGAGGUGCUACUUAUGCCUGGGAAGACGCUGGAGAGGUCUUGCUGGUCCAAGGAAAGGGAGGUGAUCUGCAUGCUAGUUCCUCAGAGCUAUACAUUGGCAAUGCUGGAACCGCCUCGAGAUUUUUGACGACCGUCGCUUCCCUAUGCAAACCUUCUACCGUCAAGUCGACAAUUCUUACAGGAAAUGCCCGCAUGAAGGUUCGCCCGAUUGGUCCGCUUGUGGACUCUCUCCGAGCAAACGGUGUUGACAUCGAAUACCUCGAGAAGGAACACAGUCUACCACUUGACGUUCCUGCCUCUGGGGGAUUCGCUGGCGGUGAGAUUGAGUUGGCCGCCACCGUUUCUUCCCAAUACGUCUCCUCCCUUCUCAUGUGUGCCCCUUACGCGAAGAAGCCGGUCACACUUCGUCUCAUCGGAGGCAAGCCAAUCUCUCAGCCAUACAUCGACAUGACUACCGCGAUGAUGGCCUCUUUCGGCAUCCACGUUAUUCGAUCAAAGACUGAGGAGCAUACCUAUCAUAUUCCACAAGGUGUCUACAAGAACCCAGCAGAGUACGUUGUCGAGAGCGAUGCUAGCUCAGCAACUUACCCCCUCGCCGUGGCUGCGAUCUCGGGAACUACCUGCACGAUCCCAAACAUCGGCUCCAAGUCGCUUCAAGGAGACGCUCGGUUUGCCAUAGAAGUCCUUCGGCCUAUGGGAUGUGAAGUUGUACAGACUGACUACUCUACUACCGUGACUGGUCCACCUAAAGGACAACUAGUCGCUAUCGAGGAGGUUGAUAUGGAGCCCAUGACAGAUGCUUUCUUGACUGCGUCAGUGCUUGCUGCGGUAGCCAAGGGGACGACCAGAAUUAGAGGAAUCGCUAACCAGCGAGUCAAGGAGUGCAACCGCAUUAAAGCCAUGAAGGACCAGCUGGCAAAGUUUGGUGUUGAGUGUCGCGAACUAGAUGACGGGAUUGAAGUUGACGGAUCGCCCAUUUCUUCACUCACUAUCCCAGCAGACGGUGUCUACUGCUACGAUGAUCAUCGUGUUGCGAUGUCGUUCAGUGUGCUGUCUGUUGCAACUCCCGAGCCUGUACUUAUCACAGAGCGAGAAUGUGUAGGCAAGACAUGGCCAGGAUGGUGGGACGUCUUGUCCUUGUCGUUCAAUGUGGCCUUGGUAGGAAAGGAGACUGCACACGCCAAGUCUGUAAGCAAGUCCGUAGUGUUGGAUAGCUCCAUUUUCAUCAUCGGGAUGCGCGGUGCUGGGAAGACGACUGCUGGUGGAUGGGCAGCGAGGAUCCUUAAAAAACCUCACAUUGAUCUUGACAUUGAACUCGAACGGAUAGUUGGCUGUACGAUUCCGGAACUGAUCAGGGCCAAAGGCUGGGAUGCAUUCAGAGAUGCCGAGCUCUCUCUACUCAAGCGUAUGGUUUCCGAAAAGCCGAAAGGCUACAUUUUCGCGUGCGGUGGCGGCGUGGUCGAAAUGCCAGAGGCUCGCCAAAUCCUUUCGGAUUACCACAAAACUGGCGGCAUCGUCCUCCUUGUACACCGCGACACGGAACAAGUCAUGUCAUACCUUCAAAUUGACAAGACUCGUCCAGCUUACGUGGAAGAUAUGAUGGGCGUCUAUUUGCGUCGACGACCUUGGUUCCAGGAGUGCAGCAAUUUCCAGUACCACAGCAAGAACGGCGAGUCCGGUGCUCUGUCUGUGGCGCGGGACGAUUUCGCUAGAUUCCUCUCGCUUAUCUCAGGGGAGAGCUCGCAUUUCGAGCAGAUUCGGAGCAAGCGGCAUUCUUUCUUUGUAUCUCUCACCAUUCCGGAUAUCUCUGCCGCGGCCGAUAUCCUACCAUCUGUUGUUGUUGGAUCGGACGCUGUAGAAGUACGGGUCGAUUUACUCGAAGACCCGAAUUCGGCCAAUGGCAUACCGACUGCCGAGUUCUUGAGUCUCCAGAUUGCUCAUCUGAGAUCAAUAGUAACUUUACCAUUGAUAUACACGGUACGGACAGUUAGUCAGGGUGGUCGAUUCCCAGAUGAUGCGCAAGAUGAGGCGUUGAAGCUCUUCAAAGCUGCGGUACGGAUGGGCUUGGAAUACAUUGACCUGGAAAUUACGUCCUCGGAUGAGCUUUUGCAAAGUGUGACCGAGAACAAAGGCUUCUCAAAGAUCAUCGCUUCUCAUCAUGAUCCUCAAGGCAAACUUUCCUGGAAGAAUGGUGCAUGGAUCCAACACUACAACAGAGCUCUCGAGUACGGGGACAUAAUCAAACUGGUUGGGUCUGCUAAGACGAUGGAAGACAACUUUGCCCUUGCCAAAUUCAAGGCAAACAUGGCAGCUGCUCACGAUGUCCCGUUGAUUGCCAUCAACAUGGGCGUCAUUGGAAAGCUAAGCAGAAUGUUGAAUGGCUUCAUGACCCCCGUCUCGCAUCCGGCCCUGCCGUUCAAAGCUGCCCCGGGUCAACUGUCCGCAGCAGAAAUCUGCCAGGGCUUAUCCCUCCUGGGCGAAAUCGAGCCAAAAGCCUUCUACCUCUUCGGCACACCCAUCGCAGCCUCAAGAUCCCCCGCUCUUCACAAUACCCUCUUUCAGCAAACCGGUCUUCCGCACCACUACUCCCGCCUUGAAACCGACAACAUCGAGGACGUCCGCUCCGUCAUCCGCUCGCCAGACUUCGGCGGCGCAUCUGUUACCAUCCCCCUCAAGCUCGACAUUAUCCCUCUCCUAGACGACAUCACGGAAGCUGCGAAGAUCAUCGGUGCCGUCAACACCGUUGUCCCCGUUACCACCCGCCCAGGCAGUCCUCCCCGCCUUGUAGGCGAGAACACGGAUUGGCUCGGUAUGACACACUCCCUGAUCGCCGUAUCGUACGCAACAAUAUCCUCCGGACCUCCGGGCUCUGGGCUCGUUAUCGGCGGCGGUGGCACGGCGCGCGCUGCUAUCUACGCUCUUCACUCACUCGCUCAUUCCCCAAUCUACAUCGUCUCCCGCACGCCGUCGAAGUUAGCAACUAUGAUCGCCACCUUCCCAGCUGAGUUCAACAUCGUGCCGCUGUCUGACGUGGAGGCCGCGGAGAGGAUUACAGAUGUGCCGCGCGUGGCGAUUGGGACGAUCCCCGCCGACAAGCCGAUUGAGCAGAACAUGCGCGAGGUGCUGGGGAGCCUGCUGCGGCACGAAGGGAUGGGCGAGGGUCAGAAGACGCUGGUGGAGAUGGCGUACAAGCCGAGCCAGACGGCGCUCAUGAAGAUGGCGAUGGAUGCCGGGUGGGUUACGAUCCCUGGGUUGGAGGUGCUGAAUUCGCAGGGUUGGUUUCAGUUCCAAAAGUGGACGGGAAUCACGCCCUUGUACGAUGAUGCUAGAGCGGCUGUCAUGAGAAGUUGA